GAAUUGCUUAUGACUUUGCGGUUAUGGCUAAAAUUUUUUCACGUGCAAUGGCCCUGAGAAAGGGAAAACAAACCAUUUAAAUUUUGAAGUAUAAUAGAAUGACAGUUAUAGUAUCUGACUUGUUUGGAACAGAGAGAAUAUAACAGAAAAUAAGAAGAAGAGAGCGAUAACAGAGAGACAAAGAUAAAAAGUAUUGUUUUAAAACAAAUCGCUAAUUAAAUGGCUACAAUUGAUAUAACGAAUAAUGAUGAUUGUACGUCUGAAAAAAUUGUUUCUAAAAGAAGAUCGUCGAUUUUUCACACAAAAACCUUAGCUUGUGAUGAAGAUAAAGAUGACACUAAAUAUUCAGGCAAUAGGAACGAGAUUCUCAUAAAUCAAGUUUCUGAUAAGUCAAGGGAGUGUAAUGAGCACAAUACCACGAAGACUUUUAAUCUGGAAGAAUAUAUAGAGAGGCUUAGAGAGGAACGAAAGAACUGGCAGAGGGAAUACAAAGAUCGCAGGACUCAGCGGAAAAAUCUGCUAAAGCAGAAAGCGAGUCUAGAGGGACAGGGACAGAUUAUCGAUAUAAAUGCAUUGACAGAGCGCGAAAGGAAUUUUCUUUUGACACGCCCUAAUUACGAACAUAUCUGCAAAAAUAGUCAAAAAUUGUUGGAUACAGCAAUAAAGCUCUCUACACUUGGCGAACUUGUGAACACUAUGCAUAUAAGAUUCAUGAAAAAAAUGGAAAACAAUAUACUUGCCACCACCAAAAGCAUUAUAAAAAUGUCAAAUGAGCAAUGAGACUGGAUUUUUUUU